AUGAACAAGGACAGCCAAUCCGCCAGGGGGGGGCUGAAUACCAAUGGAAAACACUACCCAGUACCCACCUCCAUGUGUCCAGAGUUUUCAACCAAUUGUUGGAUGGAGAGCAGUCGAUACCGGAUUGGUUUUGUCAAAGUGGCGGACCGUUCUCAUCCCAUGAACAAAGAUUUGUCUAUUCCUAAGAAUAACAGAUCAUGUAAAGAUAUAUUACAAAGUCCUGCUGAGAAUGAGGAAGAAGAAACGGUUGAAGGGGUGGUGUCCCUUAAUAAAAUGGGGGGCACCGAUACUUGUAUUGAUAUCCCACGUACGGAACUAACCAGUUGUCUGUUGGAGAAACCCCCUAUCGGCAAGAAAGUCAAGUUGUGUAACGGUUCUCAAGAGGGACAAAAUGCAGAAAUGAGAUUACUUCAAAGGGCCGAAGAAACAGCGUACAUCAACAUCAAUUGUGUGGACCCAUUGGGUAGAAGUGCAUUAUUGAUGGCCAUCGACAACGAAAAUUUGGAAAUGGUGGAGUUACUCAUAGAGCACCGUGUUGAAACAAAAGAUGCUCUACUCCAUGCUAUUUCGGAAGAAUUUGUCGAGGCAGUAGAAGUUCUACUGGAACACGAAGAAACCAUUCACAAGAAGGGAGAGCCUCAUAGCUGGGAAGCCCUACCGCCGGAUACAGCCACAUUCACCCCGGAUAUCACACCUCUCAUACUCUCAGCGCAUCGAGACAACUACGAGAUCAUAAAGAUUCUGCUGGAUAGAGGAGCCACUCUGCCAAUGCCGCAUGAUGUCAGAUGCGGAUGCGAUGAAUGUGUUACCUCCCGAAUGGAAGACUCUCUUCGUCACUCCAGGAGUCGAAUCAAUGCAUAUCGGGCACUUGCAUCACCAUCUCUGAUUGCUCUUUCUUCCAAAGAUCCCAUCCUCACUGCAUUCGAACUCUCAUGGGAGUUGCGACG